AAGCAAUAUGUUUUUUUCAAACGUGAACUAAUAAUGGAAGUAGAAAAAGAAACGUUUUCCUCCGACACAUUGGAAAGAUCGAAUAUAUCAUCAUUGCUAUCGGAUCCUACUCCGACGAAAAGAUCAUUCACGUUAAAUCAUCGAAAUUCUAACCUUGAGCAAAAUAAAAACUGCCCUUGUCAGCAACACGUACUUGAUAACUUAAAAUUCGUUCCCUGUUCCGUCAUUAAUUGUAAUCACGACCAGAGUCCGUCUCAGCAAUGCCAUUGUCAUAAACUUAAACUAAAUUCAAACGAAAUUCAAAUGCAGGACAAUCCCGAUGAAAACGUUUCUAAUACCGAUUGGCAACACUUCAAUUGGAAAUGGCCCCGGCAGAGUUAUGCUAAUAAAAAAGAAAAAACUUACGAGACAAAGUCGAAAAACAAGCGAUUCCCUCAGAUAAACAAGUUUACGUGUCGCAACACACUGGAAGGGAUACCUCGGAAAACGAAUUUAGAAUCAAAAAACAUCAGGGAAAAUCCAAAAUUAAACAAAGAGCACGAGGUCGCGGAAAAAAUCGAGAUAUACUACUUUGAUCACGGAAAUUCCGCCUACUAUCACACGACGGAUGUCGUGCCAAUUUUGUUGACGGAAAAAUUUGCUGAAAAAUCCAACUCGGCUGCAACGAGAUUUUGGGCCGAAAUCUUUGGCUACGUCCACAUAGGAACUUCUUUUUUGACGGCUUUUCUCUUGCAAUUCCUACGAUGUAUACUUUUUAGCUUGGUCAGGCCUUUGACCGUCGGUGUUAUUCAACUGAUGGCAGAUUAUUUUAUAAAACCUGUACUUUCUAUUGUGUUUAAUGGUCUUAUACAACCAGUCUUAAUUUUAUUCUACAAUAUUGCAACAUCUUUGAGGGAUUGCUGCGAGCCCUUGGCUGCGGCUCUUGGCUUUUUCAUCAAAGAAGUAGCUUUGCUCUUCAAAUCUUGCAGAUUGAUUGAGAUAACUCGUAAUUAUGGCAGAAAUGAUGCCAAUACGUAAAAAUAAUCUCUAAAAUGAAUAAAAUUUAAAAAAAAUUCAUAUGCAGGCUCAAAAGAAAAUUAAAAA